AUGAUGCAUGGCUUUCGCCUUCGGGUGAAUUUGCUUUUGGAUUUCGCCAACUUAAUUCCACAAACCUGUUCGUGGUUGCCAUCUGGUAUGACAAAAUACCAGCCAAGACCAUUGUGUGGAAUGCAAAAGCAAAUGAAACCCUUGCAACAGCACCAGCAGGAUCACAGAAUCCGACCUCAAGGACCAACAUGGGGCAACUCAAGUCUUGAUCCUAAGGAGUAUUACUACAGGGCAACACUUGAAUUCAAUGGAGUUUUCACACAGUAUGCUCAUCCAAGAACCAAUAAUGCCUACCAAGGGUGGACAAUUAUGCGGUAUGUUCCUGGCAACAUUUGCACUGCAAUAUUCAAUGAGUAUGGUAGCGGUUCCUGUGGCUAUAAUAGCUACUGCUCCAUGGAAAAUGAUAGGCCUACUUGCAAAUGCCCUUAUGGCUAUUCAAUGGUGGAUCCAAGUAAUGAAUUUGGUGGAUGCCAACCCAAUUUCACCCUCGCUUGUGGAGUGGAUGUUAAAGCACAACCAGAAGAACUAUAUGAAAUGCAUGAAUUCAGAGAUUUUAAUUUCCCUCUGGGAGAUUAUGAAAAGAAACAACCUUAUUCUCAACAGGAGUGCCGACAAUCAUGCUUGCACGAUUGCAUGUGUGCAAUGGCCGUUUUAGGCGGUAACACUUGUUGGAUGAAGAGAUUGCCCCUUUCUAAUGGAAGAGUAAUCCAUGUUAAUGAUCAACAUUUUGUCUAUAUCAAAACAAGAGUUAGGCGUGACUUUUAUGAUCCUGGUGCAAACGAGGAACUUCCCCCUGGUGCCGAUUCAAAGAAAGAAGAUGGAGCUAAGCCAAUUCUUUUGGGAUCACUUAUUGGAUCCCUUGUCUUUAUCAGUAUUAGUAUGCUCUUGUGUGCGGUUUCUUGGUUUAUUCUCUUGAAGCCGAAACUAACAAGGCUUGUCCCAGCUAUUCCUAGUCUUCUGGAAACAAAUUUGCAUUCCUUUACCUAUGAAACAUUGGAAAAAGCCACACGGGGUUUCUGUGAGGAAAUAGGCAGGGGUUCUUUUGGCAUUGUUUACAAAGGCCAACUAGAAGCAGCUUCUUGUAACGUGAUUGCCGUCAAGAGAUUGGACAGAUUAGCACAAGAACGAGAGAAAGAAUUUAGGACAGAAUUGAGUGCCAUUGGUAAAACCUGCCACAAAAAUCUGGUCAGGUUGAUUGGAUUUUGUGACGAGGGAAUCAAUAGACUAUUGGUCUACGAGUUCAUGAGCAAUGGUACUCUUGCAGACAUCCUAUUUGGACAAUCCAAAGCACCCAUCUGGAAUACAAGGGUUGGACUUGCUUUGGGGAUUGCAAGAGGAUUGUUGUACUUACACGAAGAGUGUGACUCUGCCAUCAUUCAUUGUGAUAUAAAACCUCAAAAUAUACUCAUAGAUGAGCAUUUCAAUGCAAAGAUCUCUGACUUUGGGUUGGCCAAGUUGUUGUUGUUUGACCAAACUAGAACAAAUACGAUGAUCCGAGGAACUCGAGGAUAUGUGGCUCCUGAAUGGUUCAAGAACAUUGCAGUGACGGUUAAAGUGGAUGUUUACAGCUUUGGGGUGAUGUUGUUGGAAAUUAUCUGUUGCCGAAGAAAUGUGUUGACCAUGGAAGCUGAAGAAGAAGAGAAGGUAAUUCUGACAGAUUGGGCUUAUGAUUGCUAUAUAGAAGGGAGAAAUAUAGAUGCUCUGGUAGAGAAUGACAAGGAGGCAUUGUCUGAUAAUGGCAGAUUGGAAAAAUGGAUCAAAAUAGCAUUUUGGUGCAUUAAUGAGAAUCCUGAAGUGAGGCCAACAAUGGGAAUGGUAAUGCUAAUGCUAGAAGGCUUUGUUGAAGUCCCUAACCCACCACCGCCUUUUUCCAUGCAUUCUAUAUCUUAACUUCCAUCCAGCCAAAACAUUAAUUAUGUUGUGCUUCGUAUGUAAUUGUAUGUGUUUUUAUUAUGCUUUAGUUGUUUAAUUGUUUCACUUUCUCGCAAGUUGCUCGAUACAUACUCCAUAGAGUGCUGCUUUUUGCCUGUCACCUAACCUGUUCACUCACUUUGGGGCAAGCUCUACAAAUAUGAGAAAGAUGAAAAUGGUGGAAGUGCACGUCUAUCCGAUGAUCUAUGGAGUUUUCUUUUAUCCUUUCUUCUUCUUUUUUUUUUAUGUGUAUUUCUAUUUUCUCUAUGUUU